GCAGCUGUUCAUGAAUUUGUGGAGGCAGUUCGUGCAUUUAGAGUUAUAUUUCCUGAUUCCGAUGAACAAUUGGUUAAACUUGCUGAAGACUUAGUCACCAAGAACUUUGUAAUUGCUGAGGAAUAUGUAAAGACACGGAUUUGCCCAGAGGAUCUACUUGGUGUUCUUCGAGUUAUCUGGAAUGAUGUGCUCCUAAUAGAUGAAGUCUUGCAGGAAGCAGCUCUCUCAAACCAUUCUCUUGAGGCUGCAAAGGUUGUCCUCAUGUCAUUUGUUAGAAGUGCAUUUUCUCAUCUUCUGCAAGACAUCUCAGGCUCCCUCUUACAAAUCCUGAAAAAGGAUGGUGCAGAACAGUGCUCUCUUGAUGUUGUUCUUGAUGCAAGUACAAAAUCAGUUCUUCAAGGAAGCUUGAAUGUCUUGUUGGAUUUCCGCAAAAUUUUAGAUGAAAACUCUGGGAUCGUAGUUAGAUUAAGAGAGUUAAUUAUUGAUUGGGUUCAAGAAGGACUUCAGGACUUUUUUACGAAAAUGGAGGAUCAGUUCCUUCUAUUAUCAGGUAGAAGUAACUCAUCUAUUCAAGCACACGGUUUGGCAGAGGGUGCUCAAGGGGAUAAAGCUUUUGCUGGCCUUGUCCUUGUGCUGGCCCAGUUGUCUGCUUUCAUUGAACAAACUGUCAUCCCAAAAGUCACCGAGGAAAUAGCUUCUUCCUUUUCUGGGGGUAGUAUUAGAGGUCAUGAAUCUGGACCUGCCUUUGUUCCUGGAGAAAUAUGUCGAAAAUUUCGGUCAGCUGGUGAAAAGUUCCUGCACUUCUACGUAAAUAUGAGAACUCAGAGGAUAUCAUUUCUCCUGAAGAAGAGGUUUACCACCCCUAAUUGGGUUAAGCAUAAAGAGCCAAGAGAAGUUCAUAUGUUUGUUGAUCUGUUUCUUCAAGAGCUUGAAGGUAUAGUUAAGGAAGUGAAGCAGAUAUUGCCUCAAGGUAGACGUAAGCACCGCAGGACUGAUAGUAAUGGAAGUAGUGCUUCCUCAAGGAGCAACCCAUUACGGGAAGAGAAACUGGGUAGGUCAAACACUCAAAGGGCAAGGAGCCAGCUUUUGGAAACGCAUCUGGCAAAGUUGUUUAAGCAAAAAGUUGAAAUUUUUAACAAAGUAGAAUAUACACAGGAGUCUGUUGUUACAACUUUAGUUAAAUUGUGUCUUAAAAGUUUACAAGAAUUUGCCCGACUCCAGACUUUUAACCGAAGUGGAUUCCAGCAAAUUCAAGUGGAUAUCCAGUUCCUAAGGAUCCCUUUAAGGGAUAUAGUUGAAGAUGAAGCUGCAAUCGACUUCUUGCUUGAUGAGGUGAUUGUUGCCACCGCAGAACGGUGCCUAGAUCCGGUUCCAUUGGAGCCUCCCAUAUUGGACAAACUUAUACGAGCAAAGUUGGCUAAAACCGAGCAGCAAAAUACAGAUUCUUCAUAAAUAUUUUUGUGGAAGCAUUGGAUAUAUAUGUUUGUCAUCUCGUAGAAUUUAUGGUUUGGUUUUGGCCGUUGAAAACUAACUUUCUGUUCACUUUGUAAAUCUAUUGUAACAUAUAUCAUAUUGCCAUUUUAUUUUUGUGAACAUUGAAACAUGAGGAAGUUAUAUUCAUUCAUGGAGGGAUCCAGAAACCAAUUAAAGCGGGUUCGGUUUUCCCUCCGCCCCCUUUAUAAUUAUUUAAA